AUAAAAACGAUAGUACAAUACAUUAGACACUUCUAAUCAUCACAUGGGUUAGGGUUAGAUGAUCAGUAUUAAGGUGCUUGACAACUGGUAUGUGCUUAUGAUGGUUGCAGCAUCUUGGGGCUCAUGUGAUUGCCAUUUGUGACCUCCAAGAGGCUUCUGACAAGCAAAGUCAAUGAGGGAAGCUGGAUUUGCUUAAACAAUCAUAUGAUUUGCUUAACAACCACAGCAAAAAAAAAAUGGUGCUGAAAACAGGCAAAACAUCUGUCUAUCCUUGAUCCUUGGGAAGGAUUCAAUAGGUGGGUAAAUUUGCCAAAUCCAGUCUAAUUAUCUGGCUAGCUGAGCAAGUCACCACAAUACAAACUGAUAAAAUCUUGCCUCAAAACUACAAAGUAUUUGGCUCAUAACACACCAGAUGUAACUGGUUGGAAAGAAGAAAGUGUGGAUAAUUAAUGUGGCAGUACCAGAAGAUAUAAGAUAAAAAAUUGGACAAGAUCAGAAAAUUAAAAAAUGGCAUAAACCAGCCAUGGUGGUCCCAAUGGUUAUCAGCACAAUGGGUGCCAUACCAAAAAAUCUUGGACAGCACUUAACAAAAUAAACGCAUUGACUACAUUUCAAUACAAAAGGCCACACUACUUGAAUCCCCACAUAUACUAUGCGGAUACAUUAUGACAGGGGUGUCAAACUGCUGGUUGCAUCAUACAGAAACCACACCCACCCCAGCAAGGCAAAAAAAAGUCACAACACGUCAUGUGACAUGGCAAGUUUGACACCUGUGCAUUAUGAUAUCCUGGGUUCUUGGGAAGAAUUUGAUGCAUGUAAAGGCCAGCACCCACUGAAGAACUGACAGCUAUGAUUUCACAAUAUUGUGUGUAUCCAUCUUCAGUUUACUAAGAUGAGAGUCAGGUAGUCUGGCAUUGGCAAGACCUUAUUUCUGGUAGCACCUGUUCAAUUUGAAUUGCAUUAUCCUUAUGUCUAUAAAUACCUGUAAGCUACAAAGGCAUUCUUAAAAAACUAGCACAAAAGAUAAAUAUCCAUCUUCCCAGAAAAAAGAUCACAGUAAGUAAAGUAAGGAUCAUUAUGAAAGCAUAGAAAGCACGGCAAAAAGUAAUCCCACCAGUUUACUGAAUAUGAAUGAAUGAAACAGACUGGCACACCGACCUUGACAGUCAUUUUGUGAAUGCAUGUUUCCCCUGUGCAGUCUUUUUAGAGUGUGAAUAAGCUCUUAAGGUUCUAAAUACACAACAGCCCCUAAACUUCUGAAAUCCUACUUACCUUUCUGCUGAUAAUUAAAUUCAUGGAAUUAUUUCACAUUUUAAAUUAUCAUUUUUAAUUAAGACACAUUCUCUUUUGCUACCGGUAUAUCCAAGUAUCAAAUAAUCUAUCAACAUCUACAAUUGUGAACUUGCAUGCAAAAGUGAUAAAAAAUGACUUGCCUUGCAACAAUGGAUUGUUGGGCAAGCAUAGGCAGUUAACAUUUGAAUUAGGUUUUUUUUAAAAUGAAGAGAAUGUUUAAAUAAGAGACUGUUGAGCAAUCUGAUUAUAUUCCCUUAAAGUUUUGUUUAUAAUUUUUUUAGCUCUGCUCUAUCACCAUUUUUUUAUUUGGUAUUAUAUUUUCCUAAUUCUUUUUAUAUGUGAAGGGGCUUGUUUUUGUUAAAUCAGCUACUACAAUAAAAGCCCACCAGCAUGGUAAAAGAACAAAUAUCUAGAUUUACUUUACUUAGGUAGCUCUUCUUUAAGGGGCUCUUGUUUAGGAAUUCUGUGUUGUAGUAACUGAAUUGCUCACAUAAUUUCUGAUAAUGAGACAACAAAGACUUGGCUGUAAACGCAUAAAUUUAAAAUUUGUUAAGUAGGUGCACAGAAUCCAUUUAGAUCAGAGUCCUGGUUUCCACGUGAUAAGAUUAUUCAAUAAAGUUUUCCUAUUAUUGCUGCCUAUUUUCUGCCAAGUGAGUGGCCUUUGUACAAAUUAACCCAGAUAAAACACGUUUACAAACUCCACCCUGAAAAAAAAAAACACCAGUCAGUUAUUACAGGAUCAAUUAAAAGCUGAUUAUUCCCUUAAGACAGUUGAAACGCACAUACUUUGUGCAGGUGAUGACAAGUAGAUGAUAGUCUAGAAAAAAACCCGCCUAGGUUUGAAACGAUCGAGGGAAGCAAGGAAAGAUGCCGAGAAAGGGGGUCGGGAGCCACACAAGUACGGUCCUAAAAUGCCUCUGGACAAGCUAAGGACGCUUGCUAAGAGAAAUCGAGAGAGAAAACCCGUCCACUAAGUCACCAGAGGUCGGGCGGACUAUUUGGCUCCUAACUAAGCGGACAUAAGGAAUAAAAACCGACUUUGCACUCGGCAAGCGCAAUUUGUAAAAGUUCACUAUUUCCCCGGAGGUGGGGGAAGAGCCGCACAUAUUAAUGGGCUUCUUUCUAACCUCGCUUUCGUAGACCGGGGCUGCGGGUUGGAAUCCUUUUCAUUGCUAUAUUCCUCCUAACGAAGCUCUCCGUGUCAACCAGCGGUAGAGCUCCCUGUAAUCACAGCCCAGUAGCUGCUUCGCGGAAAGAGGGAAGGCCAGGCGAGGCAGUUCUGCAUUUAGAAGCCUCCCUCUCUUCCUCAGACCGCUCCAGCAGUCAGGGAAAAAAGGACGCAUCGGCGAGAGCGGCUGCCCAGCCAUGGCAUGCUGGUCGCGGAGCGUCCUGCUGUGGCUGCUGGCGGGCGCCUGUGGCCUCGCUGUCCUCGGCUAUUGCGUCUACUUCGACCGAAAACGGCGGAACACCGCAGACUUCAAACGGAGACUGAGAGAAAAAAGAAGAAAAGAACAGAAAAAAGCAAAAGAAUAUGAAGCAGAGUUACGCAAACUAAAAGAAUCUGAAGAAGUACAAGAGUUCUUUCUGCAGGAGAUACAGCUAGGGGAACUCUGGUUGACAAAAGGAGAGCAGAAGAAGAGCGUUGAUCACCUCAUCAAUACCAUUUCUGUGUGCGCACAGCCAAACCAGCUAAUACAAGUCUUGGAGCAAACUCUACCUCCCCAAGUAUUUGAAAUGCUUGUGCGCAGUAUUCCAUAUACUAUUCAACGAUUUGAGACAGCUGUGAGCCAGCAGAAUGCUGGAGAUGAGUGAGAAUGCAGCAUCACACAAGGCUUUUCUUAAGAGAGUACCUAAUGACCAUUGAUAAUUCCAAAAAACUCCUCAAAAGCAACAGUAAUUUUUAUCUCUUUUACUUUGAUUAAAUAAAAAUAAAGCUUGUCUUAGACAUUUUUACAUAUAAUUUUGGACAACACAUUUUUCUUUUAAAAUGAAUAAUCACCGUAUUAGAAACAAUAAAAAA